AUGCCAGCGGAAGACCCAGCCAACGUCUCGGCCCUUGUAGCCGCCGAGGCUGAGUGCCGGCGCUAUGUGUACCUGUUCGACGCUACCAGUGGCACUUGCCUAGCGGCGCUGCACUUCUGCGGGUCGCCGGUGCUGGCGCUGAGGGCGAACUCGUCUGUCCUCGUCGUGGCAGCUGUUGACCUCUUUCACCUCGUCGACCUCCGCACGUUGCGGUACAUUCGACAGCAGAGCAUGCACAAACCUCUGAACCCACGUGGGGUGUUGGACCUCUCGGCGGCGGUGCCGUCGCGGAAGGCGGGCGGUGGCACAUCGUACGCCGUCGCCUUCCCUCAGUCUGCACGCGGGUACCGUGGCGAUGUGACAGUGCUAACGCUGCAUUGUGUACCGCCUACAUCACGCCGGCACGCGCGAACAGGAGACGGCGGCAGAGGGGCCUCUGGGAUGUCCGCAGGCGUCGGCGCUGGGCGAACUUCCCCAAGCACCACGGCGGCGGCGGCCAAUGCGACGACCAGUGGCGCCUUUGGUGCUGCCACGCCGCCCAUGGAGCAGCGCACCAUCCCAGCGCAUCACCAUGCCGUGGCACAUCUGCGUUUUCGCCCGGAUGGUCGACUGCUGGCCACCGCCUCGGAGCUUGGCACAACCGUGAAGCUCUUUGACAGUCUUACCGGUGCGUUGCUGGUAGAGUUACAGCGAGGCCACCGCCCUGCCGCGGUGCUCUCGCUCGCGGUGCAGCAAGACGCCCACCGGAUCGCCGCGCUCAGCGCCAAUGGCACCCUGCACGUCUUCGACUGCGCAGCCAUCGUUCAAUCCUGGGAGUCGGCGAGGGCGGCAAAGGUUUCGUCAUCGCUUCUUGCUCACGGUGCGCGCUCGCCUACGGUGAUUGGCGGCGCUGCAGGAGCGAGCAAAGUACGAGCUGAGUGCAAACACAAGGUGAACUUGAUGCCUCACCCAGCUGCGAGCACCACUGCUGCGUCGGCGAAAUCUACUCCGCGACGACUAGGUAGCGCCGUGAUGGCUGCUGCAGCUGGGUCAUCCAGGGCCAACUAUUCCGGCUCCUAUGCAGAGAGCAACAGUGCCCCGCCAGGUGCGGGGCCAGCCGUCAACGACGGGUGGCUGCACUGCGAGAGCGGCUUUGCUGCGGACGGAAGAAAAGUUUGGGUGGCGCAAGUUCAGUCUACGGAGGUGCAGCUGCAACACGCUGCUUCGACAGCGCUGUCGAAAUCUGCGACGCCAUCGCCGCGGCUCUGUGUGGGAAGCCUAACUUGCUUUCCGUUGCCGUCGCCUAACCGCGGCCGCUCAGGUGGCGCUAUUUCGCCUGCCGAUAAAGGAGAGGAAGGAUGCCACUACGUGGUCGUGUAG